UUUUUUCCCAACCGGAAGUACCGUCAGAUUCUUCCCACUUCCGUCAAGUUUUCUCCUCAACUUACAACAAUAAUGUCAGAUGACGAUUCAAACAGUUCCAGCGACUUAGACUACAUUCCGUCUGAUGCUGAAGAUGUCAGUGUUGAAGAAGAAUCAUUAGACGAAGAUGGUGGUGAUGAAGUCCAUUGGUCUGGAGAUGAUUCUACCCUCAAUAAAUCGCUGAAGAGGAAACGGACAAAGACCAAGUCCACAUUACCAGCAAGGAAGCGGCGAGGUGGAAUAAGGCUCGAGGGUGAGCUGCCAGAUGGCUGUGAAGCCGAUCCUGAAACUGUUCGGCAGGAGGAAGAACGACGGCAGCUAGAGAAAGAAACGGCUGAAAAAGCUUUACGCAAACAUGAAGAACAGGAGAAGAGACGGUCCGAUUCGUUAUGGCAGAGUUUCCUGACAGAUGUCGGACAACGACCAUUCAGCAGUGCGGGUGUCAGCGGUCGUUCGAGUUCUGGUUCUUUAGGCUCCCUCAACAGUCCCAUUGGUAGCAGAAGUCCUGGUGAUGGUGCCUCAUCAUCUCCCAUGCAGACAAAUGGCUCUGACGCCAGCUCCCCAUUGAAAGGAACUUCCCCACAGAAGGUUACCAUUACAAAAGUUUAUGAUUUUGCUGGUGAGAAAGUAGAGAUCAGUAAAGAAGUGGCUGCCAAUUCCAAAGAAGCUAAAGAAGACAGUUUAUUGAAGUCUGUCCGAGAAGGUCCAUGUGAUGGACUCUCCCCACCCGAUAGUUCUUCUGCUUCGAAAUCUUCCAACCCCACAACUUUGUCAUCUUCAUCCUCACUCUUCUCUGGAAAACGACCAGGUUCCGACAGAGGUGGAGGUGGCGGCGGUGGUGGUGGACUGGGUAACAUCCUCAACAAAAUUACUAAAAAGAACAAACUCACCACUUUGGAAAAGUCAAAACUAGACUGGGACACCUACAAACAAAGAGAAGGCAUAGAAUCGGAACUUACGCAACACAACCGCAGUAAAAGCUCGUACCUUGAACGAAUGGCAUUCCUGGACCGUACGGAUCACAGACAGUUUGAAAUAGAGAAAACCUUACGUCUUACCAGCAACAACCGACGAUGAUUUUCGUUUUGUGCUCUCUCAACUCUGUUAGGGUCUUUUUGUACUGUCUUACUCUUGAAAUUUGAAAAUUUUCUUUUUUUUAAUGAAAUAAGUAUUUUCAGUUCAUUUCAUAUUUUUAACCCCAUCAUCUGUUCAUUUUUGUAUAAAUUAUUCUAUGGAUCAUUAUUAGUACAAUUAUAAUUAUUAUUUUUAUUAUUAUUAGGGAAGGUGGAUGGCAGAAUCAUUAAUAUGCUGGAGUAAAAGAUCAUUGAGUUACAUGCUCAGGUAAAAAUCUUACUGGGGCUAACACCUUUGGCUCCCAUCCAGGCAAAUGUCAGAUAAAUAAGCAACAGCCAUCUACAGGAGAGCAAUUUUAUUCACUAUAAACCCAUGGUCCUUCCACUUGACCAAAGAAAUUGGCCUUGUUCU